AGAGAGAGAGAGAAGAAUGAUGAAGUUACAGGGUGUUUAUGGCAAGUGUAAAGAAAUGGGUUGCCGCAAAUCUGGUUUUUAAUGAGAGAGAGAAAUGGGGGGUGUUACUUCUUCUAUUGCCGCCAAAUUCGCCUUCUUCCCGCCAACUCCUGCAACUUACACCAUACCCCAAGAUGAAAUCAGUGGUAAACUCCUCAUUCCAGAGCUACCCAGAUGGGACAAUGUCGAAGUCAUGAAGCUCCAUACCAGAAGAGGCCAGGAAUUGGUGGCUGUCUAUAUAAGGAACCCAAUGGCCAAGCUCACUCUUCUCUACUCUCAUGGAAAUGCAGCCGACUUGGGGAUGAUGUUUGAGCUUUUUCUCGAACUGAGUCUUCGACUUGGAGUCAAUUUAAUGGGGUAUGACUAUUCGGGCUAUGGGCAGUCUACUGGAAAGCCCAGCGAGUGCAACACCUAUGCAGAUAUCGAAGCAGCAUAUAACUGCCUCAAGGAUCAGUAUGGAAUAAGAGAUGAGGAUUUAAUCUUAUAUGGGCAGUCUGUUGGGAGUGGCCCAACUUUGGAUCUGGCUUCACGCCUUCCUAAUUUGCGAGCGGUGGUUUUACAUAGCCCUAUACUUUCUGGAUUAAGAGUAAUGUGCACAGUCAAGCGCAGUUACUGGUUUGAUAUAUACAAGAACGUUGACAAAAUUGGCUUAGUGAAUUGUCCAGUUCUAGUUAUACAUGGUACAGCAGAUGAAGUUGUGGAUUGGUCCCAUGGGAAACAGCUUUGGGAGCUAAGCAAAAACAAAUACGACCCCCUGUGGAUUGAUGGGGGUGGGCACUGCAAUCUUGAGAUAUACCCCGAUUACAUGCUCCAUCUAAACAAGUUCAUUUCAACUCUUGGAAAACAAAGAUCCAGCUCAAUGGAGCUAGUUAACCCAAUCACCUUUAAUUUCUCUAAUGUCAAAGAGAAACCUGAGAUUUCAAGGCAUAGUUUUGAUAGCCGUACAGAGAGAUCACGGAGAAGCAUAGGCCGAAGAGAGAAGCACAAGAGGCAUGGGGAGCGACUCGAGAAGGCGAGGUCUAGUCUCGACCAAUUGGGAAGAACCUUCCCCAAGUUAGAAAUAUGCAAAGAACUCUGAUCAGUUGUGCUUUCUGUGUUUCCUAUGAAGCAUUAUCAUCCCUUUGUGGGUUGAUUGCUUGUGUGUGUGUGUGAGAGAGAGAGGGGUCUGUAAGGGUGGUGUACCAUUGUUGCAAGGAUCAUGUACUUACUACAAAAGGUCGACUCUGUUGGUUUACCAUUGUUGUAAUGGUAGUCUGUAUUGAUCUGGUCUCUAAUUGUGGUGUUCCUUUGUUAUGAGGAUAGUGUGCCUCAAUUGACUGGGUUAUAUGUACUGCAAGAAAUUUGUUUAUGACUUGCUUGAGGGUGGAGUGAAUCACCCUUAAAUCCA